AUGGGUCCAAACAGUGGGCUGGAAACCCAGACGCCCAUCAGAACAGUCGCUGCAUGCGAUCGCAAGCAGAAUUCGGCUUGCACUUUGGAAAGGGACCACGUCGCAUUCAAGAGGUUAUGUGUCGACCCAUCGUUGCGUGAGCGAAGACUUUCGGGAGUGCUUGAACGGACCCGUGGAGGCUCAGAGAGUCGCGCUCAAAGGUCACAGGCCGCUAAUGAGCAUUCAACAGCUCCGGAGAUCUGCAUAGCCAACGACACACUUCUCCCCGCGGCGUCCGGCACUGCUGAGGAUUUUCGUCUGUCAGAAACCUCGUACCCUCUCGUUAGUGAAGACCAAUCUUCUCCCAAAGACCCCCCAAAUUCAGAUUCAGGGUGGCAAGGCAACGAGCCUUCAGUGGCUGGCACGUUUAGUCCGGCUUGGGACGACUUUUCGCUCUUUUUCGACGAACAGGGCGGACCAGGCCUCUUUCUUGACACGUCCUAUGCAGCUGAUCUCUUGCAUCCCCAAAUCAACUCUACGAACGAAAGCCCUGAGGAUCAUGCACAAGGCUCAGACAUCUCGAUUGACGACCGCGAGAGGUACGACAACUAUCCCCAGCUUUAUAAGCCCGACCCAAAAGGGAAUCCUCUCAGAACUUCAGUCAUUUGUGAAUUUCUUCAAAGCAAGCAGGCUUGGGCAAAGGUAGACGACUUUGGCCAAUCCCAUAAAAACAAUGCCAGCGUUCCCAUCCCAGAAGAAGCACGGGACUCGAUCAUGGCAACCAUUCAUAUCGUCCUGGCAAAAGUGCUCGAUAAGGACCAGAUGGGAAGAAUCCCCACCACGUUCCCACCUCUGAGGACGGUUCAGACCAUCUUUGAUGCCUAUCUCUCUCGACUUGCUGUAUUCUAUCCCAUCACCCAUCCUGGCACGUUGAAUCAGGAUCAUACCAUGCCUUACAACGGACCUGGAAUGCAACUGCAGCUGCUGAGUACAUUCGUGUCCGGGGCUCUGAUGAUCCCUGUGCCAGAGGUUCAAACCUUUGCUACUGACCUAGCAAGCAUUAUCCUGCAAGUCCUGUACGAGAUUUUCCUGAGGGAUGCGAAUCAAACCAAAGACAUAUAUCUCACCAGCACCGCGAUCCUGAUAACUGCAUUUGGCAUCUGGUCCGGCAACAAGAGACAGAUGGAACUUGCAGAAGCCCUGAGAAGCUCAUACACGACGAUGAUGUCUCGACGAGGCCUUCACGAACGAGCCCAACAAAGAAUACUCGAGAUCAAUCUCUCGGGUGUGGAUUUUGAGUGGAGAGACUGGGUUAUGACGGAGACACGCCGGCGAUUGGCAUAUGUGUGGUAUGUCGUCGAGCAGGAGAUCAGUCUGUUCAAUGGCGUCCCUACGACUUUGUCCUUUACCGAGAUGCGUUGUCCGAUGCCCAGCAAUGAGGCUCUGUUCGCUGCUUCGACUAGCGAUGUAUGGAAAGACUUGCUUCAAUUGCAUCAACCCGAGCUCACUACGCCGACAUCGUCGACGGUGGCGACAUUAAAAUGCCCGCAUUCCCUGGCCGCCUUUCACCGGCGCUUUCUCUCUGGCAACAUUUUCCAAUUCCAGGACGUUGUGACUCCAUUUGAGGUUCGACUGCUCCUGUGUAGUAUUCAAACGCUGGUGUCACAGUAUAGCCAAACCAAGAGAUUUGUGCCCGAAGAAGAAGAAUUCUACCCCGAGACUUGUACGAUGUCUGCAUCUACCGAGUAUGGCCAGCUUCGACGCGAGGAGCUUCAUUACCUGCUGGUCAAAUGGCAUCUGUUAUAUCGACGAGUGAUGCCACAUGUCACUCCUAUACGUUGCGGCACCGACCUGUCGUGCAUCCUGAUGGCACACCUGAUUGCAAUGGAACUCUACGUGUCAUUUGACGACGUCCAACUCUUUGCCGGAAAGGAAGGUUUUGUUGAGGGCAGGAUGCUGAUGCCUUCAUUCAGAAGGUGGGCAAAGACUUCAGGUGCAGCACGAGCACUUCUUCAUGCCGGACAAAUCAUGCAUACUCUCAGGGUCGUUGCGGAGGGGACGGCUAGGCCAUUGUGGUGGCCGUUGGCAGUGGCACGAGCUGCCUUGCUCCUUUGGGCCUACGGGAUGGCUGUCCAAACCGACGAGAGCAAUAUCGAUGACCGCGACUGUACUUCCCAUCCGUCUCUCGUUAACUCUGAGCACCUCGCAGCCAAGCAGUACCAGGGUCUGGAUCCAAUUGAUGGGGAACUCGAAGACUCGGCCCUGUUUUCUGGUUCUCUAAUCGGAUACUGGGACAAAGGAAAAGUGCCGUGCUUGACGGUGCCCAACGGAAGCUUCACACCUCUCCUGCAGAUUUCAGAGACCCUCGAGCUCAGCAUAUCCCUUCUGCGCAACGGGGAGAAUGUUAGCACACCUCUUUGCAGAUCUGUUCGGACGUUUUUACAGGAUAUCCAAGGGUUGGGAGUCACUUAUCCGGGGUUGUCUAAGGGUGGUACGGCGAUGCAGCAAUAG